CCUGCUGUUUCACUGACUUCCUCUUCGAGGUUUUGUUUUAGUACUUGGUCCUGGAAAACUGCAGGACCAGUUCAUUCCCUUCAAGUGAAUUAACAUUUUCAUUAUUCUCCUGCUAAGUUUUGUUUUCAUUUCCUGCAGCUCCAUCACAUGUAAAACGUAAGUUCUGAAGGCCUGCAGACUCCUGCCCUCUUUCCUGGGCACAAAUGGGGGUCCACAUCCAGGAGCCUGCCUGCUCUCCCUGAUCUGAGCUUGGCAGCGAUGGAGCUUGGUCCUCAGACCAGCAGCAGCUCUUCCAUCCACACCCCUCAUCAGGCCUGGCGCACUUUUCUCAGCAGCCUACACCGACUUCUUCUGGACAAUAUCCAAGCCAGGGUUAUUAUCAGUCCCAAAGGGGGGAUGGAGAGGGUCUUCCAGCCACAGACGCCACAGCCCCCCAGGAGCUGCGGCUCAUCGGGACCGGCUGGGAAACCAUGCUGGAGCUGGGACCUGAAGGUUGCACUGAUCCUGGUGACGCUGGCUGGAGCCCUAAUCCUCCUGCUGCUGUUCAGACUCCUGCAGCUGAGACACAGACUUUCCUGUUGACAAUCCUCCAUUCAUUCCAAGUCAAAUAUUUCUGCAAAGAACUGAAUUCAUCAGUGGCUUUGGGAUUAAAUCUGGUCCGGGCAGGAAACCCUUUGGAGUACAGCGGCUGCUACCACAGCGCCACCUACACACUCAGGCAGCCCACAUCCUGUCAGGACCUGCCAGUCAAGAAUGGGAUCCUUACUGAGAACGUUUCCUCCAUCCAAACCGUAACAGCAGUGACCCCCGCUGUCUCCGCCCCUGCGCUGCCCUCACCGGUGACCCCUCAGCUUUGCCUUCCACUCCCCUCACAUCCGGUCCUGCCGCCGCCACCUCUGCACGCCGCACCCUUUCUACCGUCAACGCCUCGCGUCCUGUCCUUCCCCUUCCCCCUGCCUGUGAUCGGCACCACUCCACCGAGCCCCCACCUGUCUUGGGGCGCGUGCUCGGAUGUAGAUGUUUAUUCUCGGAUUGGAGCUUUCAGGCCCUCCAGGCUGUCGAGUCUCUCCAGCCAGUCGACAGUGAUCCUGUUUGAGCACUCGGCUCUGUGAGCGUCAGCUUCCAGGACGCAGACGGACCUCUGGUUCCUUCAGAGUCACAAGCUUCAAUCAACAGUUUCUGUUGAGGUCCUCGCUUUAGAGUCGUUUGCCCCAAACCUUCCAAAGAGAAUAUUUUUCGUACUUCCAGGAAUACUUUUAUCAAUUUACAAAUUGUCAGACCUUAAGCUUGUUCCAAUAAGAUUUUAUUUUGUAUAAAUGCAUUAAUCUGCUUAAAACUUCCUUUAAUAAAAAAAAGGACCUGCUUUCACUUCAGGCAUUUCCAGUCUCAUGUGUUUCAGAAGUCUGGGUUACAUCUGAGUUUAGUCUUCCUCCGGUUUCAUUGAAUUGAGUUCUGUCCCUGCCUGACAGAAGAGGGGGGCGGCCCGCUCAGAAAACUCUCUGACAUGUAGAUAAAACUCAGCAAAACAUCCGUUUGGGAUGAUUUAAAUUUGAUAUUCUCUCAGCAGUAAAAGUACAGAUUAAACUUUUACAGAUGGA